AUGGGACGUCUUUUCAUCAUCGUCAUCAUCCUCGCUAUGCUUACAGCUCCAGGAAUGAGCAUGAUGAAGGCCUCCAGUAGUGGAUCUGAAGAUCAGAUCGUUUUGAAUUUAUAUCUUAACUCCAUUGAUGAUGCAUUUGAUGAAUGCAAAGACAAAAUGCGUGACCUGAUUAAGACUAAAUACCUGGAGAAAGAACUGAAUGAUCAUUAUGAUUUUGGGAAAGAUUGGGAAAAAGCCAAAUCAUUUCUCAAGUUAGAAGGGAAAUCUGAUGAUGAGUUAAGAAAACUAGCCCUGUCUGCAUACACUGGACAUGUUUUCGAGGAUCUGAACACUAAAAUGCGUUCUGGCAGGAAACACUACAUGACCACGUUUGGCCUGAUUUCUUUACACUUUUUGAUAACGGAUGGCAUUCAACACCUUAACCCUAAUAACAAAUGCCAAACCACUUACCGCUUUGGGAGCGACAAAUAUGUAAUAAAAGGUGAUAAAAUAAGAUUUGGUAGUUUUGCAUCUUCUUCACGUAACCCCGAUUUGUCACUAUUUGGUAGAGUGACUUGUUUUAUUAUUGAGACAUGCUUUGGUGCUGAUAUAUCUGUACUGUCACCCUCUAAAAUUGAGGCUGAAGUACUGAUACCACCAUACGAAGUAUUUAACAAUGUAUAUCUUUCAGAAAAAGAGAUUCCAAAAGAACUUAGCGAUUGUCGUCAAGUGUAUAAACUAAAGAGCACAAAGGUCAAGAAGAACAACAUGAACUGUGAAUUGUUGAAUAUGAUAUAA